CGUCUGAGCGAAAUCUGACCAUCACGCCCUUGUCUGCUCUCUCGUUUCCGUAUCAUCCCUAUACGAGUGGAGGUUUUCAGGGCAGAAGUCUAGGGUUUGAAGCUUGCAGACGAGUCGAGACGGAAGACUCGAAUUAUCACCAUGGAGUUGGCUGAUAAGGCUGUCGGAUUGUUGCUAACUGUCGUCAGUUUGUCUCUAUUCUCUUACUACACCUUUUGGAUCAUCAUUUUGCCUUUUGUGGAGGACGAUAACUUUAUCCAUAUGUAUUUCUUGCCUCGCGAGUAUGCUAUCAUAAUACCAUUGUUUGCUGGCGUCACUCUUCUUUCCUUCUUAUCUGUGUUCAUUGGUUGUGUCAUGCUCAAGUCAAAGAAGAAGGUUGCUUGAUUUAAACUAUUUUUUUUUUUAAUCCAUUAAUUUCAAAGGCAGGUGCCAUCUUUUAUGCAAAAUAUGUUAUGAUUCUAAUUAUUUUGAUAAAUUUGUAAAAUGGAAAUGAAAAAUUAGAUCUGUUUUUAUGUCUGUAAUUCAAUAGCUAAGGGGCAGUUUGAAAUUAAUUUUUUUU